ACUUUUAUUUAAAUUGCCAGCAGAUACAAAUUAUGUAUUUUCUUAUAAAAAUGCUUCUUUUGAGUUUUUUUAUAAUUCCUGGAUAUAAGUGCAUAUGCAGACUCAUAAAGAUAAUAUGCAAAGGGCAUAUAUAUCGAGGGGACUUUCUUAUGUAUUUUAUUAAUCUAAAUGAGUGUCAAGCGUGUGAUGUACCCAUUACUCAAUGCAAACUAUAGGUGGGAAUGUACCGACUUUGCGGUGAUGUAGCUGCCGGGGUAUAAAAAGCGGAUCGGAGACCUAGCGACACUCAGAAUACUAUCAGUAAUCGGUGUUUCAGCAUCAGCAUCAACAGUAACUACAACCAAUUACAAUGGAAAGUCAUUCAACCACAAUCAGCGCCCAGGCGAAUAUUUUCUCCAACAAGCAAGCAGAGAUGAAUGCAACUGCUAUGCACACUCAUACCCGAAAUCUCGACCAAUUCGGAGGUGGGUUGAAUAUUAACUCUAGCCGCGGCCAUGCUGCAUCUGUGGGAGUCAAUCAUAUACCGAAGUACAAUAUGACAACCAUGAAUGCAGCUGGCAAGGCCAAUCUGAUGUCGUCGCCCAGCGGCAACCUCAAUUUGGAUGCCACAGCAAAUGCAUCGCGACACAUGAGCGGACCAUUCCGAGGCAAGUCGGACUUUGGAACAGGACUCAAUUUAAAUUAUAAAUUUUAAUCAGAACACAGGUUGAAAUAAACUCUAGGAAUA